AUGUGUGGGAGGAUUCCUGGUAGGUCUGCUACCAAAAGAAGGAGGCAUGCCAGUGAGAAGGAGAGCAAGUUCUCAACAACAAAAGUCAAGGUUGCAAGAACUACCAGAUGUGGCAAUUGUUUGGAAUAUGGUCAUAACAAGAGGGCGUGUUCUAAAAGAUUUAGGAGAAAUAGUAUUGAUGUACCUAGGAAUAAGUUGUGCAUAAGGAGAGGUGAUGGGAGGAUUGGUUCUGCAAAAACUGGGAAUGAUACUCCAACUAUAAGUACUCAAGAGAGUGUGGUUCAACAAGUUCUAGUUGCUGAUGAGCGUGAAAAUGUGAUGGGUGAAAAUGUCAUGCAAGAAGGUUAUAAUGUGGGUGAAAGUGUGGUUCAACAAGUUCCAGUUGUAGAAGUUCCUACUGUUGUAGAAGAAGGUGUGGUGCAGGAGGAAGGUGUUGUGCAUGAAGUUCCAGUAAUUCAUAUUCAGGAUGGUCAUAUGAUGCAAGAAGGAGGUACUAGUCAAACAAGUGUGAUGCAAGGUAGUGACACUUUUAGGCAAGUAGGAUCCAGUAUUAGGAUCCAGUAUUGGUUAGAAGCUUAA